AUGGAGGGAUCUGGCCGGCAGCCAGGUUUCAAUGUCCCUCACGGCCAACCCACCUCCCCACCCGCCACACCUGGCACUCAUCACGCGCGCUUCCCCUCCGUAGCAAGCCAUACGUCGCCUAUGUACAAGCGAAUGCCGCUCCACAAUCUCGCACAGUCUCCGCCAUUAGACCAGCAUAUUGAGCCUAUCGGCCAGGGCCCCCACUUCAACUAUCGAAGACCGCAAUCAAAGGAUCUGUCGUCACGGCCCUCAAGCGCCUCGGGGCCGGCUGGUGCUGGGUCUCUGCACCGAUCCGUGGUCGACGUAGACCCACCGCCAAGGCCCACGUUUACAAGGUCAAUGCGAAGUACUGAUCUUGAUCUGGAGGAAGUCUUUGAGACGGAUCCUGGGUACGACAGCGACAUAGAGGUUGUUUGGCCGGAUAACUACGAAGAAGCUACCAGCAGCAAAGCCGAUGAAGACGACAUGGGUGUACCAACCGGCAUCGUCCGCGGUAUUGAGCAGCUGCGCUGUGAUGGAGACUCUGAUGGCGCAGAGGAACGUCAGCGGCGGUGGGACCGAAGGAGGAUGCGCUGGAGCGCCAGACCGUAUAACAAGCGCAGUCAUGCUGAGAGCGUCGAGGGCGCAUCGGAUCCCGAUGACCUCGAGGCCAUUGAUGACCACGAUGUGGGGAUGAGUGCGCGGCGCCUUCGCCGGCGUACCAGGGGUCCUAAUGACCGGUCAUCGUGGAUCUUCGAGGAUAUCCCACAUCUUAACAUUGCUGAGGUGGAUGAGCCGAAUGAGACGGGAAGUACUAGAGGGCCCCCAUCGUUGCCCUCAGACGACGAUGGAUUUGCACUAGAUGCCCUGCCGUUCUGGGUGCUAGAGGAUCCGAUGGAAAUAGACUCUGGUUCUGGUCAUUCCUCCGCUCCUGGGCAACACUGA